AUGGAUAGUUACCGUUUAGAAGUAAAGAGUGGAAUAAGACAAUUAAAAUUAAAACUCUUAAAUUACGAAGCUAUACUCCAGAAGUUAGCAGAAAUGAGAAGACUUUACCAGAGCUACUUACAUGUAAGGGACUUACCUUCAAGCAGUCCGACCAAAGAUGAAUUUUCUGACAUUGUCCCAAUUUUGUCCGAAAGUCAGCUCAGAUGUUUUGAACUGCUCCCAACAUAUCCAGAAUAUGAACGUUUGCCUGAACUCUUCCGCAAUCUCAAAAAACGUUUUUUGGUUCUCAUGUUCCAAACUUUUAUCGGAAGAGACAACAAACGUUCAGAAGAAGAACAAGAUAUUAUUUUAAACUUGUUGUAUGACUUAACCGUCAUAACAAGCUUUUUGAAGUAA